AUGGAGGGAUCGGCGACGGAGGGAAAUCACGGAGGCGAUCCCCGCGCCGAGCAUGCCGCAACCAAGGAGUCCGAGGCGGCGGCAACGCAACACCAUCUGACGCUGCUCCAGCCGACCGUGGUCGAAGUUUCUGCAGCCGUGCUGGAUAAGGACAAGGUGGGGGAGCACGAGUCGGUGGGGCUGGUCGGUGGCUCUCCACCUUCUGGUGGACGGGGGAGGCGUAGGCAGAGGAAGAGCGAUGGGGAGGACGAUUAUGACACCGCCGUGCCCGGGGACCUCAUUACGCGGGCGAAGAGGCGGCAGACGACAGGUAGUGCUGACGACGCCGGAGGCGCGGCAGUUGGGACACCGCGAGGCGCCAAGGAAGCUAGUGGCAAGGCGGGCGGUCAAGCAUUGCGCCAGAAGGGCCGACCCGCAGCAAGAAAAGCAUCCGGCGGAAGGAGAGGCAAGAAAGCAGCGACGGGAACAAAGCCGAAACGGGGCGAUGAAGACCCCGGUGAUGCGGAGGAGGAGGAGGAUGAGGAGGAGGAUGCGGAGGGAGAGGACGAUGAAGAGGAAGCGGAGGAGGAUGACGCGGAUAUUGGGGAGGAUGAAAAAGAUGAGAAUGAUGGCGGGGAGGACGAAGAGGAGGAGGAGGAGGAGGAGGAGGAGGAGGAGGAGGAGGAGGAGGAGGAGGAGGAUGAGGAGGAGGAGGAGGAGGAGGAGGAGGCAGAGGAGGAGGAGGAGGAGGAGGAGGAGGAGGAGGAGGAGGAGGAGGAGGCAGAAGAGGAGGAGGAGGAGGAGGAGGAGGAGGCAGAAGAGGAGGAGGAGGAGGAGGAGGAGGAGGAGGAGCAGGGUGACGACGAAGAGGAGGAUGUGGAGGAGGAGGAGGAGGAGGAGGCAGCGGAGGAGGAGGAGGAGGAGGAGGAGGAGGAGGAGGAGGAGGAGGAUGUGGCGCCAGUGAAGGGACGGGGCGGGCCGUGA